AUGGCUUCACACGUUGUGGUAAUAGAUUCCACUGCUCGGAGGGCCACCGUCAAGGUUACUCCCACAAGACAUCUCACUGAGGUCCUUUCAGAAGCAUGCUCUAAGCUUGGGCUCGACGCUCGCCAGUACGGACUCAAACACCAGAAAAAGCACGUAGAUCUUUCACUAUCCAUACGGCUAUCAGGACUAAGCUCCGGCGCCAAGCUUGAACUUGUACAGCUCUCGCGCUCUCCCUCAGUCGUCUCCGUAGCUCUACAGCUUCCUGAAUCCGAGGCCCAGGGUGCUCCAAAUGGUCGUUUAACCGAUAAAUUCCCAAGUAAUACUACGCUAUGGCAUAUUAUGCGGAAAUUCGAGGCUGGUGUGGCGGGAGACGGGAUAGCAAGAAACCUGACUGCCAGAGGAGUGCCAUCAACCAAUAAUGGUGCGGGAAGGCUGUUCUAUCAAUCUCCUGUUAUCCAAAUUGUGGGAAGAGAAUUGUCAUCAUUUAGGGAUCUUCAGAAAACCCUUGGGCAGUUGGGAUUUAGUAGUGGAAGCGCACUACUUAGAUUAAACUUCCGGACGACUGAUCAGCCCCUUGAAGAAGCAAUGGUGGAGAUUGAGGGGUAUUUCAAAUCUAUCGAUGAAGAGGUAAAAGGAGGAGCUGUUGCUGCUAAGAGCUCUAAUCCUGAGACCCCAGUUUCGUCAGCCUCAGAAGAGCCAACCGAAUCUAUGCCCAUAUCAACCCCGUCCAAUAAUGCAAACAGUACUAGUGGGCAAACAUCCACACCAGAAGAGCAACCUAUUCCAGAAACCCCUGUCCAGCCUUCUUCACCAACGACCAUCGUCUCAUCCAGACCUACCACUGUUUACGCACCACCCAUAAAUACAGUUCCCCAAUCAGCACAAACCCCUUUCAAUGAACAUGACUACGUACCAACAAUAGACCAAGCCAAAGCCCACCAACACCAUCUCAACCGCACCACCCGCCCCAACCGCCUAGCCACUGAUGCCGAACUGGCCGCCCAAGCAUCCGCCCAAGAAGCCAAGUUGUCCAGAAUCGCUGACAUCGAAGUGAAAAUCCGCUUUCCAGACCAAAGCCAGGUCGUCUCCAAGUUCACCAGGGAAGACACAGCACAGAGCCUAUACGCCUUCAUCCGAAGCUGUCUGGACAACCCUCUGGCUGGCGAGAAAUUCACGCUGUCAUUCUUCGCCACCAGCAGCACCGGCACUGGAUCUGGAUCUGGCACGCAGCAGCACGCGCCAAACAUGAACGUAACGAAGCAUCAGACUGUAAUCCCCGACGUUGCUGAGAAGCGACUCAUCCGUGAUCUACGCAUGGAUGGUCGUGUGCUGGUUAAUUUCUCAUGGACAAGUGAUGCAUCUCUGAAUGCUAGGAGGGCGUCGACGCAGAUUCUUCGACCAGAACUUAGGCAGGUUGCUAGCCAGAUCAAGGUUGAGGAGCUUGCUGCUGUCGCUGUUGAUGAGGGGAAGGAGGACAAGUCGUCGUUGCGCAGGCUGGGUGAUGGUAGAGAUGGCGAUGGCCAUCAGGGACGGUCUGAGGGGAAGAAAGGGGGUGGUGUACCGAAGUGGUUGAAGUUGCCGGGGAAAAAGUAG